UUGGCUAUACUGAUUCGAUAUACUAAAUAUAAUUUGCGGUGGUCAGAUUUAAAUGGGAGGAGGUGGAGCAUCAGGGGUAAUUGUAAGCUUAGAAGUUUCUCUGUGAAGGAAGCAAUAGCGAGUUGCAAAAUGCAAGGGAAUCUUGAUAAUGUUGUUAUCAUUGAUCUUGAUAGUGAUGGCUUUGAUGAUGUUAUUACAAUUGAUGUGCCUGAGCCUUUGCGGCAGAAAUUUUGUGGUUCAAGUGUACACAAAGAUGGCGAGAGCUUUCCAAUUCCGUGUAUCAUAAGCCUUGAUGAUGAUGAAAUUUGUGAUUAUGUGGAUAAUCAUGAAGUCAAUGUGGACGAGAAUGUUGGCUUGGAUAGUGAUUAUAUGGAUUUCUCAAAUAAAACUAGUCCUGCCUCUGAUUUUAUGCGGAAAUCUGAAGAUGCAGAUGUUGAUGAUUGUCAGGUUGUUUUUGAGAAAAGACCUGCAUUUAAGUUAUCAAAGUGCAAUAAAACCUAUAACAAGGAUUCUUCUUCUAGGAAUCGUUAUGGUUUAAAUUUUGAGUCUGAGACUGAGAGUGGUUCAUCCAAGAGUGAUUCCUCUGAUUGUGAAGUUGUGGAAAUUUCUUGCAGAGAGCUUCAUGAACAGUGGGUAAAAGCUUUUCAAAAGAGAAAACUGAAUACUGAUUAUAAGGGUCCACUUAGUCCGCAGGAUAAGGCAAGUCCCUGCAGUUCUCACAGUGAUGCUCAUCCAAAUGUUAGAGUAGAAAAUAGCACUAGACAAAAGAUAGACUCCAGUUCAAACAAUGUAAAUUCUCAUGAUGCGAAUUCAUCUAAUUUUACUGCUACGAGAGAUGGGUUUGUAGGUGGUUCUUUGAGCCCUGGGAUGGAAUAUCCUUUUGCAGAAUCUUAUUGGAAAGUUCAGCAGGAACCAUUUUCUAGGAGGUCGAAACAAGAAUUAAGAAAGAAUACCGGUUCUCAUAAGAAGGCUGAUGUUCAAUUUGGAAGAGAAAGAUGCAUGGGAGAUAUUAAUUUCUGGUUUGAUGAGUGUCAAACUGAAAAUGGAUAUGGAACCAGAUUUCAGAAUAAUAGGGAAGGUCCUCUUGGACCUCAUUCAUCAUGGAUUCGUGACAGGGAUAUUAAACAGUGUCUUAAAACAAGAAGUCAUGUUCAGCAUAGUGAACAAAGUAUAACGGGAGGAUGUUCUUUUCCAAAUUCUCAACCAAACCUUAACUUAAACUCUGAAUAUGAGGGAUCUCAUGUUCACAACAAAGAUGCUUUUUUGGGCAAGCAUAGCAUUAAUCCCAGUAGAGUUGUUUCCAUGGAGAAAAAUGAAAAUUUUACACCAGUGACAUCUAUCUACGAUGCUUGCUCUAAUGAGGCACAGCGUCAAAAUGUUGGUUCAAAGAGGAAAGAUAGAUUAGUUGCUGGAAGUUCAUGUUAUGCGGAAGGACAAAAACCAGUUACUAGUUCCUUUUAUAACCUCUCAAUUAGUGAUGGAAAGGAUCCACUAGAUGCUCUUUCUCCUGUUCAAAGAGAUAUUAUCAAUGAGCGAGAAAAGCUUAAGGAGACUGAUGAGUUUAAGCGAGCAGUUGAAGAAGAAUGGGCAGCCAGGCAGAAAGAACUAAAUUUUCAGGCAGAAGAGGCUAAGAGAUUGCGGAAGAGAAAAAAAGCAGAAAGUUUGCGGAUUUUAGCUUUGGAGAAGCGGCUCAAGCAGCGUGUGGAAGAAGUGAGAGAGACACAAAGGAAGGAUGAGGAAAAUUUGAAUAUGAAAGAGAAUCUUCGUGCUGAGGUCAGAAAGGAGCUUUACCAAUUGGAAAAUGCAUGCAUUGAUAUGGCUUCAUUACUUCGUGGCUUGGGUAUCCAGGUGGGAGGUGGAUUCCAUCCUCUGUCGCAGGAGGUACAUGCUGCUUAUAAACGAGCCUUGCUGAAAUUUCAUCCUGAUCGAGCAUCAAGAACAGACAUCCGUCAACAGGUCGAGGCUGAGGAAAAAUUUAAGCUUAUUUCUCGCAUGAAGCAGAAGUUUUUGUCCACUUCAUGUUAUUGAAUGUUAACAUUAGGUCCAUAUACCAUUUUUUUGUACAUAUUAGUUGAAAAUGUUGUGGCUAUUGCUUCAACAUCAAAUCUUAGACGUUGGCGAGCACUGGGCAAUUUUUUUUAGCUGUCUCACCAGGUGGGUGGAUCUUAUUUGUAAAGCCGUUGGUGUUUUUGUGGGGGGGUUGGAGAAAGAAAUCAUGAGUUUGGAGGUGCUACAGUUCUCAAUCCGCUUCUAACGGAGGUUAUUUUAUACAAAAGUAGUUUUGAUUUUGAGAUUUGUAAAUGGCAAUAUCUUAGUCAAAUAUGAUUUAUAAGA